GCUUUUUACCUUUGCGCAUGCCCAGUACAAACAUUUCCUCCAGUCCGUCAACUGUAGCUGUUCACGACAGUAAACAAUGAAUGUACAACAGUCAACACUAUCAAACUCUGAGAUGCGCGAGACGUCAAGUAUGAUAUAUCAGAGUUAAGUUAGUAAGGACAUCUGUACUGUGGACCAAAGGUUCAGCGAACAUAACAUAUACGAGGAAGAUAAAAUGGAAAACUGAAAUCCAGAAGUCCGGAAGGAAUCUUUCGAAAACUACUGCGUGUGCUUAACUAAGAAACAAGAACUAAAUUCGAAGACAAAAUGUCGGAAACAGAAUCCAAAAUGGAUGACGAAGAAAAUAAAAGAUGUCGAUGUUCUAGGAAUAUUGUUACUUUCACGUUAUCAUACGGGUUCUCGUCCAUGGUAACUAGUGCAUUAUCGAUAUACAUGUCCUCACAGAUCACCACGCUGGAGAGACAGUUCGACCUCAGCAGUGGAGAGAGUGGGAUCAUCCUCAGCUGUAAUGAUAUCGGGUUUCUGCUUACCGUCCUACUGUUCGGCCACUUUGGACCAAGAUUCCAUAUCCCGCGACUUCUGUCCAUGGCUGUUAUACUUUACGGGAUAUCCGGUCUAUUGUGUAGCUUGCCUCAGUUCAUCUCUGGUUUUAGUCUACAAUUAAGUGAUGGUAGUCCCUUAAAUUCAUCAGAGGAUAGUUCUAAAGUUAGUUUGUGCCGGCUGGAAGGGAAUCAGACGACCAAAUCGUGCAGCGCCGAGGAGACACAAAAAGCCGAGAGUGUGAAGUGGGUGGUUGUGUACAUAGGAAUCUGUCUGGGGAUACAAGGUGUAGGCAAAUCCCCUCGGUCGUCUCUUGGGACACUUUUUAUUGACAACAACACAGACAAAGUGAAGACGGGACUGUAUCUUGGAAUUUCGAUUGCCAUGGGAAUGAUGGGGCCUUUCGUUGCUUUGAUGCUUGGAGGCCUGUUCGGGAAAAUUCCAGUGGACUUGAAAUAUACAACAAUGACACCAGAGGAUUCCCGAUGGAUAGGUGCUUGGUGGCUUGGUUUUCUUCUGUUCGGAGCACUUUCAAUUCUAGCAGCAAUACCACUCGCGACGUUUCCAAGAAGCUUAGCAUUGGCUCCAAGUGAUAAUGAAAGUCCAACAAAACAAAUCGAAAACAAAAAUAAAGAGACUUGCUGUGACAUGAUAAAAUCCCUACCAAGAGGUUUAUACAAGGUAGUUCGAUGUGCCGUAUUCGAUAUUUGCCUAGCCGCCAUAUUGUGUUUGCUGUUUGGGGCGAUGGGAAAUACCAUAUUUGGACCAAAAUACAUAGAGAAUCAGUUCAACGUCCCGACUUGGAAAGCAAAUGUCAUCUUAGGAGUUGAAAAGUUAGGAACAGGUAUAUUUGGAGUGUUUCUUGGAGGGUACCUAACAUCACGUCUGCGCAUGAGCAGACGGCAGUGCCUGAAGAUGGUUAUCAUCCUCAGCUUCCUGACAACGGCGUUAUCUAGCCUUGAGUUUAUUUUUGGUUGUGAAAACCCACCCAUUGGAGGAGUAGGCGGAAUAGCUGUUCCGGCGUCCGUGCAGAGCUGUCAAUGUGAGGGCGUACCAUACGAGGCGGUGUGCGGGUCGGACGGACAGACAUUCAUCACACCCUGUCAUGCUGGCUGUCACAACGUCACCGAAAAUGUAUACAGCGACUGUAGGUUUGUGUCAGGUGACCAGACGGCACGGCCUGGUAUCUGUGACAGUGGAUGUCAGUUUCUCAUUCCGUAUGUCGCCGUUUCCAUGGUUUCAACACUUAUUGCUACGAUGAGCAUCAUGCCAAUAUAUCUUGUGUUCCUCAGGUCGGUCCCUGACGACAGUCGAGCAUUAGCGUUGAGCAUUAUGUCGGCAAUGGUCGCCUUACUUGUAUUCAUUCCUACUCCUAUUGUAUUUGGAAAAAUCUACGACAGCACUUGCCUUCUUUGGAAGUAUACAUGUGGAGUACGAGGAGCUUGUGGGCUUUACGACAUUGUGGACAUGCGCUACCGAUUAAUCGCACUUGACGUCGGCUGUCGCGGCUGCGCACUCGUUCUCUACAUGGUGGCUUUAUGUGUUGCAGUGAGUCAGGAUAAAGAUCAAGACACUGAUGAUGGCAAUGAAGUAGUUGAUAUCGGCUUGAAACCCAUCUAAGCUACAUAAACUGUCCCUUAUUUUUACAUUAUUUUUCUGUAAAUGGUUCAUAAUUAUUUAAAUACGUCGUCAUCAUUUUCAGAACAUAUUAACACAUGAUUUCGCAGUAAAAGUAACAGAAAGAAAUCCGCAUAAGCAUUGGUGCCGUCACACAAAUUUGUCUCGUUUGGGGAAAAUUUGCAUAUCCCCGCCCACAUAUGUAGUAGUUGACGUCAUGGAAACGUGUCACGUUCUGUGGUAAUAAGUCACAGAUUACAGGAACAGUGGUUAAGGAGUGAUAGCUAGUGUAGACUACAUCACACACAGGGUCUUACGAAUCUGUUACAACUAUAUUUGGACCUAAACUAAGGUGUUCAGAGUACCAACUUUCGGUACAAAUACAAAUACCAUCCCCGUUUAUCUCGAAGUGGGGAGGGGGUUGGCAUUUUUACCGAAGGUCAAUCUUAACACUUAAAACAUA